AUGAAUCGCAACUCUUGCCUAUCCAGCUCUGUCGAUAGGAUGGACGCCAUAACACCCCCAGCACCACCGCGAACUAAACGGUCGCCGGCUGCUCUUCGAGAGCCCCGGCCUCGGAAAAGGGAGAAGUAUACACGAAUUGCCUGCUCAUCAUGCAAGGUCCGAAAGGUCAAGUGCGGCGGCAAUCAACCCUGCAAUCGAUGUGACGAACUCCAAGUCGAGUGCAUCUACAAUGAAUCUUCCCAACCUGACGUCGACAACACCGGCUCACAAGUAACUCACCUGGACCUUGAACUCUCGGUUUCGCGGAUCAAUAGGAUUUGCGAACAGAUUCAACAAUCAAUGGGGCAUUUUGCGGACCCUCAUAUAAACAGGACCUGCCUACAACGCAAACGCCCGAGCGAGAAUGGACCAACGCAGCCUAGGGUGCAAUCUCUCACGGACUUUAAGUACACUUUGAGCCUGACUCGGGGUGUUUUGGAGGCAAAAGGGUUACCGUCCCCUCCUGUCUUCACCGAGGGCCAUCCUUCCCUUGCUGUAGACGAACUCAAAUCGCCUGACGCUUUGAUUACUUUACUUCAGAAUGCGCGUCCAGUUUUGGAUCUUGGCCAUGAGAAGGCCACCCAGCUUCUGACUGUCUUCAAAAAUGAGAUAUACCCGCUCUACCCUUGCAUUAGCCUGGAAUUGGCUCAGGACUCGGUCGAUUCCCUCUUCUCACUGCUGAGCCGUGUUCCCCACAGCGCGACUUGCAAUGUAGAGAUAAUCGAUGUAGAAAUCAUGAAGUCCGUCAUGGCGGUUGCCUUGCUGGCUCGAGAUGACAUGCAAAGUCCCUUAGCCACCGACCUUGCAAGCCAGUUGCUCUGGAGCGUGGGCUCUUGCCUGGAUCAGGAGCAUCCUCAGAUCGAGGAUAUCAUCAUGGCAACUUUGUUGUCACUGUAUUUAGACCUCAAACACAGGCCAGUCAAGGCGUGGCGGAUGGCCGGAGUCGCCGCGAAACUCUGUCUCGAAGUCGGUAUUCAUCAAGAACGCUUCUUUGAUAACGCUCGGAUGAAUCCCGACCGGAUUAUGACCUGCAAACGCUUGUUCGCCUGUGUCUACGAUGCGGACAGGAAAUGUAGUUUUUACUCGGGCCUGCCAUGGACACUCCACGACGGAGACAUCGACAUGUCCGUUCUUCGGCUCGAACCGCAAGAGUCAUAUCUAUCAACCAUGAUCUCCCUAGACAGGAACCUAUCCGAGACAUGGGUUAUCAUCAAUGCGCCGUCUUCCCAGUCGAAAGAUAGUCGUGAACGUGUCGAGUUCCUCAACUUUCAACUCCAGAAAUUCGUUAGCAGCAUGUCAACAGGCGACUUUCCCCCCCUAGCGCCAUCAGUAGUCUCACCACCCUGGCUACGCGUUUCGUUAAAGCGGUUCACCCGUCUUCGCGUGCAUCACAUUAAGGUGCUGGCCUACGUUGGGACCUUCAGCUCGAUAAAGGACCUGAUUUCUCAACCCCAGUCAGCUAAAGGGCUCAUCACUUUAGCCGCCGAGUCAGUGGACUUAUAUAUGGAAAUGAUGAAUGAUGGCGGAAUAAGCCCGCUAAUACUCCCUUCAGCAAUCAAAAUUCUUCUUUCAGCUCUAUCCUUUAUGCUCUUAGCGGUCUCACAAUCCGCCACGGAGUAUGGACCGCUGUGCACCAAACCUUUUCACACCGCUAUCGACAUACUCGGUAAUGCCCAGUGGAGCAACAAAGACCCGAGUAUCGACAUCUGCGGGACGUUGGAGCAACUGCGGAGGUUCGCUGAAAUAAUUCAGCUGUCACCAUCCAAGCGGCCAGGACCCUUGAUAAGUCACAAACAAGGUGCAGACAACACCAACACCGAUCUUGGACAGGCACUUGGUGAAGGGAACGUCUUUGAUGAGCUUCAAACGCCGGGUUCGGAUAUUUUCUCCAUACUGGGGGAUGUCAAUAUGGCGCAACCUGAUAUGUUAUAUAUCAACAAUAUAUUUAGUUAG